AUGGAUAUAGACGACAUCCUGCGCGAGGUCGACCCCGUGAUCGACACCAUCCCCAGCGAGACUCGCGAUCUCCAGGCCCUGACGCGUGCCUGGGUUGCCGAGCGAUGCGCCCCAGAGCUUCUAGAAUGGCCCGCCGACGGCCUUUUCGAGCGCAUGAACGAGCGAAUCAAGGCGCAAAUCGAGAAAGUGGAAGAGAUGACUGGCGACAUGGACCCAAAGACCAAUUUCGCCCUCAUCGUUAUACAGACCGAGCUGGAGCGGUACAAAUACAUCGUGCGAAGCUUCCUGCGUUCCAGGAUAGCCAAGAUUGACAAGCAUACUCUCCACUACCUCUCGACGCCGACCAUGCGCGCUCGCCUCUCCGAAACAGAGCUGGCCUACGCGACCCGGCACCAGGCUAUGCUGCACAACCACUACCUCUCCUCGUUCCUGUCGUCCUUCCCUCCGAACCUGCAGAACCUGAACGACACCGCGGGCAACAUCAGUAUGAUCGACACGCCAGACCUCGACACGGCCGUCUUUAUCCGCCUGCUGAGGGACUGCCUGGUAGAAGGCCGAGGAAUUGACGAGGACGGCAGCAUGAAUGGGAAGAACGGGGACAUCCUGAUCUUGCGAUGGUCAGACGCGAAGCCGUUGGUAGAUGCUGGAGACGCCGAGUUGGUCUGA